AAACAGACACGAAGAAAUAAGAAAAGGUCAAGGAGUACUCGCGUCGCCCUAUCAAUUCAAGCUUGAAUGUAAGUAAAUGAAACGUCAAAGACAGAUGUUAACUCGAAGCACAUUGGUUGUGCAAUUUUUGAUUUGUUUACAUGUGACUUGUACAGCAAUCACUGUGGAAGAGAAAGCAGACCAUGACGUGAGGUACAAUAUUGAAAGUUCAUAUCACAACGUUGUCAACAAUGUGAAUAGAAAAAAUCUUGAAAAAUUCAAAGAAGACAAGCAUACAUUGCAUAUUGCGAAUUUAAAAAAGUUUCGCGAUCAAAGCAGCAUACGUAAAUCGCCAGCAAGACAUAUUACCAAUUUGCGUGACAACACAUUCAAGUACAACGACCUUUCAGAUAAACAAGUGGCAUACGGCGACUUCACUCAUCGUAUUUUUAAACGAAAUGCAAACCCCAACGUCAAUGUGACAAUCUCGCCACCACCUCUACCACCACCUCCACCACCAAAAAUACCACCACCUCUACCACCAAAAAUACCACCUCCUCCUCCAUUGCCUAUUUUCAACGUUCCUCCGGUUUGUGAAAGAGAAAAAUCCUGCUCAGGUCGAUGUACUGGAAAUAAAACUGACUGGAGAAGCAAUGACGGCCUUUCAUGUUACUGUGACGUAGCUUGUUAUGAAAUUUUUAAUGAUUGUUGUGCUGAUUAUGUCAAAUAUUGUGGAGAACAAAAAAACGUGGAAAUUCCUUUAAAAAAAUUUAACUGGACAUGUGAGUCGUUGGGUCAUUAUGAUGCAAGGGGACAGUGCCAAGUGGGUAAUGGUUUAUGGAUGAUAUCACGAUGUGCGCAUGACUGGCCUUACGACAUAAUCCGAAGCAAAUGCGAACAACCGGUCACAACUUUGAAGAAUGCUUCGGGCAUUGCUCGGUACCUACCGGCGAUUAAAUAUGAUUUGGUGUUUCGAAACCAUUUUUGCGCGCUAUGUAACAGAAUCAAAGGUGAUUUUGAAUAUUUUCCUUUAAGAAUCAAAACUAGCAUUCUACCACCUAAUAGAUAUAGUUUUGAAAAGAAAAUCAAUUUUUUAUUGAUGCACGGAGCCGAGUUCCCAAGGAGUGGACCACAAAAACCAAAAACUAACCAGACCAGACGAUACUGUUUAAAGACAAUUGUGAACUCGUGUCAAAAUGACAAAAGGAAUGAUACUUGUAGGAAUGGAUCUGUGAGUAUAAUCUCAAUUUUUGGACGAUAUUAUAAAAACUACGAAUGUGCUUUAUGUAACAAUCCCCUUGGACCUUAUCAAUGUUUUCCGGACUUUUUUAGCCAUAUUUGUAUGUCAACACCCCCACAAAAGUUUACAUUGAAUUUAGACUAUGGAAACAUUACGUCAAAAUUAACUUUACAUCGUUCAUGUUCCGGAUACGACGUAAGAUUAGAAGAAUGCGUUCAAUUAUUGCCAAUACCAACAGGAAACAAGGACUCUUUUCGUAUUUUAACAUGGUUAAGUCCAUCAGAAAACGACAGGUUCAAUAAAAAUGACUUCAAAGGUAUAAUGAAUCAGUAUUAUGGUAUUGAAAGCUCGCAGAUACAGAACAUCAGUAUACAAACAGUUCUAAGGGUAUUUGGAUUGCCUUCCUAUUCAGGAACACCAAUAUUAUAUCAUUUAGUUCUUUCAACAAUUGUUUUAACUCCAGAACAGAGUUUUAAUAUAUACUAUAAUACAUCUUCAAGUUCGAAAAAUCUUCAAGAACUCAUAUAUUUUAAGCAAUCCAAUGCAAUAACUUGGAAUAACAUCACGUACACUAUAAUUAAAACUACAUCACGUCCAUUAUCUUGUGUUGGGAAAAAAAUUUACGAUCAACGCAGUUAUACAGUCAUUGACGACGAUAAAAUUCAAAUAAACUCGACUGGGAAAACUUAUGAAAGAUCACAGUACUACGGUGAUAUUGGAAAUGAUGUUGUGGUUUGCGAGGAAUACAUGCCAAACGGUUGUCAGCUGACAAAAGUUGGUCUCACCAAGGAUGACGUCACCAUAUACAAGAAUUUAGCUUUGAAAGUGAAGAACACUAGAAUGUUUUAUGAUCGCGGCAACUAUGAAGUUUCUAACGGCUUAAUUUCACUAUGCAAAACAAGAGGAUCUUCCACACCAACAUGUUCAACUCAAAUGUCAUGCAAAGGUCGCUGCAGUAACAAGACAGAAUGGCGAAACAUUGUCGAAAUGACAUGCUCAUGUGAUCCAGAUUGUCAUGAAGUUUUCGGAGAUUGUUGUUCAGAUUACACAAAGUAUUGUGGAGCGCAAACAACUGGAGAAACACGGAGGAAGACAUUUAACUACACAUGUGAGAACUUUGGCAAAUAUGAUUCAGCAUUUUGCACAGUCGCAGACGGAGUUUGGAUGGUCAGCGGAUGUACAUAUGAAUGGCCUCGCGAUUCAACGCGAAGCAAGUGUGAGAUACCAAUAAAACGGCUCCCAUGAUCAUCAUUGGAUAUCUUAAGAGAUAUCUUUGGUUAUCUUCCAGUGAUAUCUAAAGAUAAUACAACAUUUCGUAACAGGUAUUGUGCAAUUUGUAAUAAUGAGAUGGAGUACAAUUAUUGGCCGCUUAAAUUUGAAUCUGCAGUAAUACCCCCGGAAACUUCCAAUAUAACCAAAAGUAUUCGCUUCCUGGAAAAAUAUAAUGCGCGGUUCGGUGACGACGUGGGACCUAUACCAGCAGCAAAUCAAGCUAGGCGAUACUGUUUGAGAAGCAUUAUCAAUAAAUGCCCACCAGGUAAAGAGGAUCCAUCGUGUGAUUAUGGAAAUGUUAAUUUAGUUUCAUACCGCUAUGAUUAUUACACUAACACACGUUGUGCAGUGUGCAAUGGUUUAUCCAAAGAUAGGGUGAGCGUUCUUCGAUGUUUUCCAGAUGAAAUUACUAGAGAAUGCCCCGUCAUUUUUCAACCUCGGUCGUUAUCCAUUGUAUUUGGACACACGCAAGGACAGAAUGAAGUUGUUAGUUCAGUCCCCAUAUACGAUGAAAGAUGUGAAAAAAAAGGAUUGGUCUAUGAUGAUAAGUUACAUGACUGUCGUGUUAACUGGUUACCUUCACCAGAAGAAAAUGGAAGAGAAAUAUUUUAUGUCUUGUCUUGGCUAAAACCUUCGCAGAUUCAGUUUGAAAUAUCAUUUACAGCAAUGGAUUUUCAGAACUCGCUUUCUAAAUACUUAAACAUGACACGUGAAAAAUUCUUCGACAUCAAUAUAAAGAAAGUUGAUUAUCCUCUAACACCAAUAAUUCAGUUCUACAUUGUGGAAACAAAGAUCAUCUUAACAUCACAACAAAGUUUGCAAUUUCUAUUCAACACGAUAAUUGCCACUGAGUUUGACAAACGAAUUCGUGAGUUUAUAUACUUUAGGGAAGAAUUUUCUCUUCAAAUCAAAAAUCUAAACUAUACCAUCAUCAAAACAACAUCCCGACCCCUUGCUUGUGUUGGAAAGGUAACAUACACUCCUGAAGAAUAUAUUUUACAGCAGAAUGAACGUGUUUUGAUACGAAGCACAAAUGAAACUUUUGAACAUUAUGAAUACUACCGAGAAA